AUGGCUCCUUUUGCAGGAAGAGGUGGCUCACGAGGUGGUUCACGAGGUGGCCCGCGAGGCGGUUCAAGAGGAGGAAAUAGGGGUGGUGGUAACUUUGGUGGUCGUGGUGGCAGCAGUUUUGGUGGCCGUGGUGGAUCUGGAUCAAGAGGAAGAGGUGGUUUUGAUCGCGGCAAUAGUCGAGGCGGCAGUCGGGGAGGAAGGGGCAGAGGUGGAAGAGGUGGAAACAGAUUUGGCAGGACCGAGUUCCGCACAAGCAGAGUCGACGAGCCAGAGGACCAACCUUUUAUUGAGGAUCAAAGCGAAUCUGACGACGAAUCUAUGGACGACCAAGACGACAAUCCAACAGAAGGAAGCGACGACGAAGACGCUCCUGCUUCAAAAGUUCGCGCAUACAACGCCCUUCUCCAAUCUUUCCAGCAAGACGACGAGGAAGAGGACGUUGCUUCGGAUGUUGGUUCAGACGUUUCAGGAAGUCAAGAUGGGACUCAAGACGACGAACAAGCAGAUGAAGAAAGCGAUGCCGGAAUCGACCAGGACGAGGACGAGGCCGACGACGUCGAUGAAGACGAGGACCCAACAGAUCCCUUUGACCAACACUUCGCCAACCCGGAAGCUAACGACCUUACUAAACGUCUCAAAUCAGUCACCGAUAACCAAUGGCGCUCGGAAAAGCUCAGGGUCUUGAAGGAUGGCAGUUUGACCAUUUCUCUCCCCGAAUCUGCUCCUGCCUCGUCACGCAAACCCCUCAAGUCUGUCUCGCAACUCAAACUCAAACAACGCAUUGCAGAGCCGGCGACGAAACAUAUUGGUACUUUGAGCGAGCUGGGACAAGCAAUCGCACCUUCAAUAUAUGCAUACCAGGAUGUGCUUUGCGGUGCCAGAACUGUCGAAAACGCUUCCGAGCUUAGACACAUGGCUGCUCUGCAUGCUCUCAACCACGUCUACAAGGGCCGCGAUCGCGUACUAAAGAACAACUCUCGUCUAGCUACCGCAGAAGCAGAUGCCGACCUCGAGCUACGAGACCAAGGCUUCACCCGACCCAAGGUUCUCGUAUUGCUCGAGACUCGCAGUGCUGCGGCAAAAUACGUUGACGCCUUGAUCGCCCUCUGUGAACCCGAACAACAAGAGAACAAAAAGCGCUUCGAAGACGCCUUUGUACUGGACGAGUUGAAAUUUGGUGGUGAAGGAGACUCACAUCCUGCAGACUUUCUCGAGCUGUUUGAGGGCAACGACGACAAUGACUUCCGUUUGGGCAUCAAGUUCACCCGCAAGACUAUGAAAUUCUUCUCACAAUUCUACGCUUCGGAUAUCAUCCUUGCGUCGCCUCUUGGUCUUCGCCGUAUCAUCGAACACACUGAUCCUAAGAAAGCCGACAGCGAUUACCUAUCCUCAAUCGAAAUCUGCAUAGUGGACCAAGCAGAUGCUAUGCUGAUGCAGAAUUGGGACCACGUAGACUUCGUCUUCCAACACCUCAACCUCCAACCCAAAGAUGCACACGGCUGCGAUUUCAGCAGAGUGCGAAACUACUAUCUCGACGGCCAAGCCAAGCACUUGCGCCAAACCAUCGUUUUCUCUGCAUAUGUGGCUCCUGAGCUCAACCGCCUCUACAACGCACACAUGCUCAAUAUUGCCGGCAAAGCAAAACUCACACCCUUCUAUCCUGGCGUAAUUGGCGAGAUCGAUCUGGAAGGCAUGAAGCAGACCUUCUCUCGCUACGACUCAGUCUCACCUCCCACCGACCCAGAUGCCCGCUUCAAAUACUUCCNNAACACGGCCGUUCUACCCUCUCUUCUUCGUGUGCCAAAGCCUGCAGACGGUGGUGCCGGCAUCCUCCUUUUCAUCCCAUCAUAUCUCGAUUUCGUGCGAGUAAGAAACUACUUUGCCAAUUCGAACGAGACACAACACAUUUCCUUUGGCGCCAUCAGCGAGUAUACACCUGUACCCGAUCAGCGACGUGCACGCAGUCAUUUCCUCACUGGUCGCCAUAGUGUCCUUCUCUACACUGGCCGUGCACACCAUUUCCACAGACUGAGGCUGAAGGGUGUGCGAAGGGUUAUCUUCUACGCUCUACCCGAAAACCCAAUAUUCUAUGCAGAAAUCGCAAGAGGAUUUUUGGGUACCAUGGUUGCAGAAGGCAAACUGGACCCCACUGAAGCUGGUGUGAGGUCGAUCUUUUCCAAAUGGGAUGGUUUGAGGUUGGAGCGUAUUGUAGGAACCAAACGUGUUGGUGCCAUGUUGAGAGAUAAAGGUGGCGAUACUUUUGAUUUCGUCUAA